GAGAGAGCGUGGGAAGUGUUCGUACACGCGCUCUCGGAAGAAUGUGGAUUUCCCUUAUAUAGGAAACGACGCGAAGUCAAGUAUCCGGAUCUCUCUCUCUCUAUCUCUCUCUCUCUCUCUCUGAUUUCUUCAGUUGCAGUAAUCAAUGGCGUCAAAGGACAAGAAAACUUCGAAAGCCUCGAGCAGUCGCAGCGGUGGUAUACGUACCCUUGCCGAUCUCAACCGGCGGUCGGCUGACUCCGACAGCGAUUCUGAUGGCCCUCAGGAGUACUAUACUGGUGGUGAGAAGAGUGGAAUGCUUGUCCAAGAUCCUUCAAAGGGUAAUGAUGUGGAUGCAAUCUUUGACCAAGCCAGGCAAUUGGGAGCUGUAGAAGGGCCUGUUCGUCCACCUUCAAGCUCAAGUAGCUUUACUGGAACUGCUAGGUUACUCUCAGGGGAAUCUGUACAAUCUGCUCCUCAGCAUCCUGAGACUGUUGUUCACAACAUUGUUUUCUGGGGCAAUGGCUUCACUGUAAAUGGUGGGCCUUUAAGGAGGUUGGAUGACCCUGAAAAUGCAUCUUUCUUAGAGAUGACUUCUAGUAUCUUGAUGCAGAGCAUCAAGAAGUCUGAGUGUCCAAAAGAGCUAGAACCUGCAGAUCGAAGGACCUCAGUUCAUGUCAAUCUCAUAAGGAGGAAUGAGAAUUGUCCUGAACCGGAGAAGCAGCAUGUUCCUUUUCAGGGUGUGGGAAGAACUCUAGGCAGUGGCUCUGCUCCAGUUUCAAAUGUGCCAACGGUAGCUGCUCCAACCUCUUCAGCAGUCCCAGUUGUGGAUGAAACACUGCCGUCAACCUCAAUUCAACUUAGGUUGGCCGAUGGAACCCGCCUGAUCGCACAGUUUAACCACCACCAUACCAUCAGUGAUAUUCGAGCAUUCAUUGAUGCAUCUAGGCCUGAAGGUACUGGGAACUAUCAGUUACAGGUGAUGGGAUUCCCUCCCAAGCUUCUUGGUGACCCAACUCAAACAAUAGAGCAGGCAGGUCUUGCUAAUUCGGUUGUUAUCCAGAAAUUCUAGCCAGCUUCACCAGUAUAUAACCGCUACGAGUUCAAUUUAUCAUAUAAGUCCAUCAUAACUCUCUGUUUUCGUUAUUUAUUUUGCUAUUUUGUAUGAAUUAUUUUGACUUCACUCAAAUGUCUUUCUUUUUCUCAAAAAGGUUUUUAAAAUUAAA